GCAAAGAUCCCUUCCAAAAGCAGCCUCACGGCGCGAAACUAGUCACUUCAGGCGUCCAAGGCACGCCAACUUCAGCCUCAAGUGGUCGACGCGACUGCAGCCUCAUCAAGCCAUGAUGUAAUACCACAGCAUAUAAAUCCCCAACCGAACCGCGAGGCUAACAGCCCUACCUCACCACCAAACCCCAUCUCACCAAAAAAAAUGGUCAACAUAACCUCCGCCGCCCAAGCCGCCGCCACUGCCUACGGCGCGCUUAUCGCCCUCGGCGGCGACUACACCUACCCGCUCUCCAACCUCUCGGUGCAAAUCUCCUCCUUCUUCCUGCCAAAUUACACCGCAUUCUCGCUCGGCGAAAUCAGCGUCUCGCCUAAUGCAUCGAUCGUAGCGGAGCGGUUCAUAUCCGAGUACACGACGCUGCGCACGGAGGGUCCCGGAACGGUUGUUAAAGUGACGGAUUCAAGAGUCGAGGUGGUGUCGGAUCAGAGCGCGUUGUGUUGGUUGACGUAUAGGAUAUCUCCGCAGCAGACGAAUUUGUCCGGGUGGGACUGGACGAAUGUGUAUGGGUUUAGGGCUGUGGAGGGCGGGUUGGGGAAUGGGCUGGAUGGGGGGUGGGAGUUUGCAGUUGCGGAUCAGGAGCAUGAAGAGAUGGCGAAGAGGUAUCCGGAUUUGGCGUGA